AAGAGCCAGCCCCCCGCCCCCGUCCCCGCCGCCGCCCCGACGGGCGACCCCCCCCGCCGCCGCUGCCGUCGCCGGGCGCCCGCGGCCACCAUGAAGAAAGAGGUGUGCUCCGUGGCCUUCCUCAAGGCUGUGUUCGCCGAGUUCCUGGCCACCCUCAUCUUCGUCUUCUUCGGCCUCGGUUCGGCCCUCCAGUGGCCGUCGGCAAUGCCCACCGUCCUGCAGAUCGCGAUAGCCUUCGGCCUGGCCAUAGGCACCCUGGUCCAGGCCCUGGGGCCCGUGAGCGGCGGCCACAUAAACCCCGCCAUCACCCUCGCCCUCUUCGUGGGCAACCAGAUCUCGCUGCUGCGUGCCGUCUUCUACGUGGUGGCCCAGCUGGUGGGCGCCAUUGCCGGGGCGGGCAUCCUCUACGGGCUGGCACCGCUCAAUGCCCGGGGCCAUCUGGCUGUCAACGCCCUUAACAACAACACGACACCAGGCCAGGCCAUGGUGGUGGAGCUGAUUCUGACCUUCCAACUAGCACUCUGCAUUUUCUCCUCCACUGACUCCCGCCGCACCAGCCCCGUGGGCACCCCAGCCGUGUCCAUCGGCCUCUCUGUCACACUGGGCCAUCUCGUGGGGAUCUACUUCACCGGCUGCUCCAUGAACCCAGCCCGCUCUUUCGGCCCCGCAGUGGUCAUGAAGCGGUUCAGCCCCACGCACUGGGUGUUCUGGGUGGGGCCCAUCGUGGGGGCUGUCCUGGCUGCCGUCCUCUACUUCUACCUGUUCUUCCCCAACUCCCUGAGCAUGAGCGAGCGUGUGGCCGUCAUCAAGGGCACUUACGAGCCCGAGGAGGACUGGGAGGAGCAGCGGGAGGAGCGGAAGAAGACCAUGGAGAUGACCGUCCACUGACCGGCAUCAGGCAGGGGCCAGCCCCUCAGCCCCUGAGCCACAGGGGGAAUAAAAAAAGAAAAAAAAAAUUGACAGCAAAGCUUCCUUCCCCCACAGCUGGGUCCUCUUGGCUGGGGAGGAGGUGCUGGCUCUCCAGGCUGCACAGUUAGGGAUGGGAGCAGGGCUCCGUGACAGGGUUCCCGGGGCAGGGGCGAGGGGCUGGGGUCUGGUGGGGAAGAGGUCUCUCAGGGACAGGGAAGACGGUGUGGCUGUGAGGUGAGACUCAGAGAUUAUGAGCACAGUGCCAAGCUCCCAGGCUGGGAAGGGGUGACCUUCAGUGUGCACCUCCACCCUCCCCAGCCCCAACUCAAGAGCCAGAGGGUUCCAAGCCCCUAGGACAGCAGAGGUGGACCCUUCUCCACAGCUCCUUAGGAGGGAAACAGACUGGCUCAAGAAUGGCCCCUUAUUUAUUUCUGGUCAAGGAUGAGUGGGGUCGGGCUGCUGGUGAUGGGGGUGGAGGGGUGGGGGCU